ACCGUACCCAUCUGCGCCGCACACCCAUUGCGCACGAGUUCCUCACUUGUUCGCCACCCUGGACGUGUCGUAUCAUUUUACCCGCGUAUAGAAUUUUUAUAGUACAUACAUAUUGCUCUAUAUUUUGUGGGCUCAAAAACAAAUUAAGUACCUGCGGUUUUAUUUGUCUUGGUACCUACCAAUUCUUAAAUAUAUUUCCGUGUUGAAAUUUAUAAUCAGAAGUUGUACAAGUGGGAUAUUUGUUCAGGUGCGGCCGAAAUUUGUGUAACUUAACGUUUUGUAUGUAAUUGCGCAAGUGGUUCAUCACUCUAGUGGACGGACGGAGGUCCUUCGCUCUGAGUGUGCAGUGGAAGACGCACCUUGACUGUCAGUGGUGCCUUACAUAAUAGUACCAGUUUGAACGUAACGUCUAAAAUGAUUAUCAGCAAACUCGUAAAUUGUGGGCGAAAUAGUAAUUGUAGCAAGUGAAGUGAUGUUUGCUAAUGUAAAUUGUUGAACAGUUGAAUAAAUCUUUAUUGUAAUUUAAUGAGUCGUAAGCGUGGUUGAACGUGAUCGCAAUCAAAUAUUAUGAAGCCAUAUGGAGUCGUUAUUGUCCUGUCGUCGCUCAUAUUCUUUAAAUCAUCCAAAGCACAAUGCGGAGUUGGUCGGUCGGUGACAUACGUCCGUUGGUCAGGCGUGGCUCCGGAGACUGCGAAACCUGUGUUUGUGUACUCUGCGAGCGGCGAGGAACAGUCUCUGGCAGGAGCCUGCCUAGCCAGGUGUCGGGAGCUGGAGGAGUGCGCGGCUGUCGUCGUCGCAUACGGCAGAGGAAACUGCCAGGGCAUAGCAGAUCACACCUCAGCCAAAUUGAAAGUAGACAACGAUGUCGCCUUCUUCAAGAAAGUCUGUCUGACACUGCCAGAUGAGUGUAGUACGCGGUGGUGGAUGCUGGAGAACACUCCUGGCUACCACCUGCACUCCGAAGUGUCUCACCUCAAGGUCAUUCUCAACACAACCAUCUACGAGUGCUACGAUGCUGUGUUCACCUACAACGGUGAUAAGAAGUUCAAGUCUGCGCAGUGGGUAGUACCUCAGAGUGAGUUCGACCCCGACGUUAUCUACACGUCGGAUUCUCUGGUUGGCAACUGUAUCCUCAAUGCGGAGAACAGAUUCACAGAACCGGAGUCCUACCGUGUAUCUAAUUACUACACGGUGUACAUUGAAAACCAGUGUAGACAUGACUAUCCACAAAAGAUAGAAAGAUGUUCUUAUGAAGAAUACUACAACCAAACACUGAGACACGUCGAAUUUACUAUGAAGAACUACACGAGAGACGAAUGCAAAUUAUCCUGUGAGCAAUCACAGCUGUUCAUUUGCCGGGGGUUUACGUGGAUAUCGAGGGGGAAGGUCAACGGUGGCGGGGAGCGGGGUCUAUGCGACCUGCACAGUGAGGACCUCAUUACCACCGGCUCCUGGCUGCUGAGGCGAAUUUCCUUCGCCACUUAUUACCGCAGAGUGGUCUGCUUGAACAUUUCCGUAGAAUGCGAAAGUACGCACAUGGUAGUAACAUACCGGCCGCACGGGGUGUUCCGAGGACGGCUGUAUGUUCCUGGAAGAGGAGAGAAGUGCAGUGCGCGAGCUGUAGGUCACACUGUGCGACUUAACUUACCCAUGCAAGGAGACUGUGACGUUAACUUCGCUUAUGGCAUCUCAAACGGCCCUAAUGGAAUCAUUAACAGGACGAUGGCGUACGUGAUCGUAAUGAUUCAGAACAACCCUAUCAUACAGACGGCGGGUGACCGCUGGGUGCGAGUAGGUUGCUCACCAGACUCAAAGAAAGUAAAGCAGGUUGGCACCACCGUGUCUGUUAGAGAACUCGGUGGUUAUAGGAGUCCGGUUACACCGACCGAGCCGGAGUCCCCAGCGCACCUGACCCCGGCAGCAGCGAGUGCAAUAUACGGCGGCAGUAGCACUCCGGUGUCGAUGUACGUGGUGCGGGCGCUCGAUGAGACCGGUGCUGGUGCGGUGUCCCUGGGAGAGCCCCUAGAACUGAGGAUCGAGACCACAGACAAUUUGGAAAUCAAACCGUAUCAUCUCGUGGCUUCUUCGAGACUUGGAGACAGUUCUGUACUGCUGCUUGAUAGCAGGGGCUGUCCUACUGGACAGGUGGACUUCCCUGCGUUCUCCCGGAGCUGGGUGGGCGACAUACAGCGUCUAUCGGCGCGAUUUAAAGCUUUCCGCUUCCCUACAUCACACAUUGUAAAAUUCGCCAUUAUGGUCCGCUUCUGUGAUCACAAAUGUCCAGAGGUGAAAUGCAAUUCUGACAAACAAAGCCGUAACAUUCGUCAGACAAACGACACAUUAUACCAGUGGGGUGAUGAGGUACCUGCUGAGGUGCAGCCCGAAGAGCUGGAGGGGGGCGAGAAUGGGGCGGGAACGAGGCGGGCCCCGGCGGGGACGAGGUCGGCGCCGGCCCGCGUGGUGGCGCGCGGCGCGGCGGCAGGCUGCGCGCCGUCCGGCGGGGACUCGCUGGCCAUGACGCUGGAGCUGCUCGUGGACUCCAAGGACAUCCUGUCUGCCGACACAUUGGUCCGAGCCGACCAUCGGGCCACAUUGCCGGAAGACGGCAGGCUGAGCGAUGAUGGUGCCAUGGUGUGCGUCCACGAAUUACUACUGGUGACACUCGCACUAGCUUGGCUCGCAGUACAGAUUAUACUUCUACUUGGCUGCUGUGUACUCGUCAAGAGGUAUCGAAAUUUGGCCGAAACGAACAUGCAGAAAGACUACCAGUCGUUCGAUAACGUGGGUUUCGAGACGGGCUCCACUACCAGACGCGUGCACUGGCCGGACCAACACAUUGAUAUACUGCACACCACUUAGAAAUACAAUAUCCUGUACGAAUGUGACAUUUCAUAUCACUUUUUAUUCAGCAAUUGAUAUUUUAGUACGAAUUUAUAGCUGUUAUCCCAAAAAAAUUACGAUUUAAGUACUGUAAUUCUGUCCUAUAUAAGAAUACUGUAAGUAUGAAUCGGCUGUUUUUUUAAGUUGGUUUAUGAAAAAUAUAAUGUUUUCUUCAUAGUUAUUGUGAUUUUUUUUAGUUGUUGUUAUAAUAGUUUUUCUACGAUUCAGCACUUAACUAUAAGAAUAUUUCUAAAUAAAUGUGUGUGCGACGACGUCCCAGUUAGUGUGUAAAUAGUUUAAGCUGACUGUCAUAAAUAGCAAACAAUUGAUUGUAAAGGAAAUUGUAAAUAUAUCUAUUAUAUUCUACUUUUUGAAGUUGUUUUUA